CCACCACAGCGUCGCCGCAUCGAACGUCAAAUUUAACCGAAUCCGCUGAACUGACUCUGACAACUUCCGGCAUUUUGUCUUGUGUACUUUUCUUUUCGUCCAAAACUGUCAAGAUGGCUCGCGGACCCAAAAAACAUUUGAAGCGUUUGAAUGCUCCGAGAGGAUGGAUGUUGGACAAGACCGGGGGUACUUUUGCACCCCGGCCAUCCACCGGGCCACAUAAGUUGCGUGAGUCGUUGCCGCUGGUGAUCUUCCUGCGUAAUCGGCUAAAGUAUGCCCUGACCAAUAAUGAGGUCACAAGAAUCGUGAUGCAGCGUCACAUCAAGAUUGACGGCAAAGUACGCACCGAUCCCAACUAUCCAGCCGGUUUUAUGGAUGUCAUUACCAUUGAUAAGACUAAUGAGAAUUUCCGUUUGAUCUAUGAUGUGAAGGGUCGCUUUACUGUUCACCGUAUUACACCCGAGGAAGCUAAGUAUAAGCUGCUGAAGGUGAAACGUGUCCAGAUUGGACCGAAGCGAGUCCCGUACAUUCUGACUCAUGACGGACGCACCAUUCGUUACCCAGAUCCGAUUAUCCAUCAAAACGACUCCAUUCAGUACGACAUUGCAACCGGUAAAGUGAUGGACGUGCUUAAGUUUGAACCGGGUAAUCUGUGUAUGAUUACUGGCGGAAGGAAUUUGGGACGUUGCGGAACAGUUAUCCAGCGCGAAAAGCAUCCGGGAUCGUUCGAAAUUGUGCACGUUAAAGAUGCAACCGGUCACGUUUUCGCCACUCGACUGACCAACGUUUUCAUUAUUGGCAAGAGCAUCAAGGCGUUCAUCUCACUGCCGAAGGGCAAGGGUGUCAAAUUGAGCAUUGCCGAAGAGCGCGACAGGCGACUGGCUAGCAAGGCUGCCCACUAAGUGGCAAUGGUAAUACAUUUGGAAAUCAACGUUCAUGUGUAUUAAACUACUGGAAAUAACAUAAGGAAAAGUUGAACAUA